UCAAAGGAAGACUUCUGAGGCUGCUUGGGUCUUGGGGGAGGCUGGGACUUCCCCUUUAGUCCUCCGUCCCAAAGACCAACUCCUUAACAGGGAGUACCUUAAAUGCCAAUUUGUUGGGCUGGGCAUCAGCCAGGCCUGGCAGCUCAUUUCCAGAGGAGGAAGGGCAGUUUCUCUCUACCAGCCUGCCAGUCUUUCCUCCCCGCCCUCUCUCCAUUUCUGCUUAACCCAAUUGCGCUGCUCCUUUAGAGCCAGACUGCUCCCCAGCUGAUCUCAUACAAACACCCCCAGACCUCCAGCAGCUCCAGGAGACCAAAAGCCAGCACUGGACCAAGGCAGCACAGCUUCCUGCAGCCAUGUUGGCUCUCAGCCUGCUUGUGCUGGGUCUGCUCACCGCAGUGGCACCUGCCAGCUGUCAACAAGGUCUAGGGAGCCUUCAGCCCUGGAUGCAAGGUCUUAUUGCCGUGGCCGUGUUCCUCGUCCUUGUUGCAAUCGCCUUUGCCGUCAACCACUUCUGGUGCCAGGAUGAGCCGGAGCCUGGGAGCAUGGUCAUGAUGGUUGGAAACAAGGCAGAUGGGGUCCUGGUGGGGAUGGACGGCAGAUACUCCUCAAUGGCGUCUGGUUUUCGGUCCAGCGAGCACAAGAAUGCUUUCGAGAACGUUCUGGAGGAAGAGGGCAGGGUCCGCAGCACACCCAUGUGACAAGCCCGUCUACGGGGGG